AUUAUUAGCUCAGGUUUUCAGAGACAGAAACAAAGGCUUCAAGAGAUGAAGAAAUUGGGUCAAGGAAGUAUCAGAGGUGGAGAAUUCACAUUCGGUUCUGCCAGGUCCCAAAGUGUCUGUGAUGGGCUAGCUGUAUGGACGCGGAAGGCGGCCCAAGAAAUGUCAGUGGAAUGAAUGAAUGAGAUGCCCAUGGUUCAGUGCCCACCGGGCCUCUGCCUGCCCCAGCAUCCUCUGCGCGGCCAAGCUGGGUGCUUCGGGAAGUCUGGCCACCAUGCCACCUCCUCUCCUCCUCUUCUUCCUUCUCUUCCUUUCCCCCGUGGGAGUCAGGCUCCAGAAACCGCAGCUGGUGGAGGUGAAAGAGGGAAGCCGUGCUGUGCUGCCGUGCCUCAAGGGUCCCUCAGAUGAUCCCCACGAUCUGCUGGCCUGGUACCAGGAGUGCCACUCAGCAUCCUUGUUAAAGCUGAAAGGAGGGCUGCCAGGCCUGGGCAUCCAGGUGGGGCCCCUGAGCAUCCUGCUGCUCAUCUCCAACAUCUCCGACCAGAUGGGGGGCUUCUACCUGUGCCAACAGGGGUCCCCUUCUGAGCAGGCCUGGCAGCCUGGCUGGACAGUCAGCGUGGAGGGCAGCGGGGAGCUGUUCCGGUGGAAGACUUCAGACCUAAAUGACUCAAAUUGUGACCUGGGGACCAUGCCCUCUGAUGGUCACUCCAAAAGCUCCCAGUUGUACAUGCGGACCAAAGACCACCCUCAGAUCUGGAAGACAGACCCUGCAUGUGCCCCACCUAAGGGAAGUUCAAACCAGAGCCUCGACCAAGACCUCAUCGUGUCUCCUGGCUCCACACUCUGCCUGCCCUGUUGGUUGCCCCGUGCCUCUGUGACCAGGGGCCCCAUCUCCUGGAUCUACGUGCACCCCAAGAAGCCUAACAUUUCAUUGCUGAGCUUAAACCUGAGUGAGGAUGCCUCAGUCAGAGAGAUGUGGGUCCUGGGCUCCCUCCGAGGAGGGGCUGUUCUGUGGCUGCACCAGGCCACAGCUCGAGAUGCUGGCACCUAUCAUUGUUCCCAUGGCAACAUGACCAUCGAGAUGCAGCUGAAGGUCAAAACCCAGUCAGUAAGGCAAUGGCUGCUGGAGAGUGGUGGCUGGAAAGUCCCUGUGACAACUUUACUGUAUCUCAUCUUCUGCAUGGGUUCCCUGGCGGGCUUUCUUUAUCUUCAAAAAGCCCUGAUACGGAGGAGGAAAAGAAAGCGAAUGACUGAUCCCACCCGAAGGUUCUUCAAAGUGACUCCUCCCCCGGGAAGCGGGCCUCACAACCAGUACGGCAACGUGCUCUCCCUACCCACGCCCACCUCUGGCACUGGACGCGCCCUGCGGUGGGCUGCAGGCCUGGGAACCUCCGUCCCGCGCAGCGACGUCCAGGAGGCUGGAGCCGCUGGGCCCCGGAGCCCGACAGGAGCGGGCCCCGAAGAAGAAGGGGAGAACUAUGAGGAGCCGGACAGUGAAGAGGGCUCCGAGUUCUACGAGAACGACUCCAACCUUGGACAGGACCAGCUAUCCCAGGAUGGCAGCGGCUAUGAGAACCCCGAUGACGGGGUUUUGGCUCCUGAGGAUGAAGAUUCCUUCUCCAACGCAUCUGAGUCGUAUGAAAAUGAGGAUGAAGAGCAGGCCCAGCCAGUCGCCAGGACGAAAGACUUCCUGAGCCCCCAUGGGACAGCCUGGGACCCCAGCCGGGAGGCAACCUCCAUUGGGUCCCAGUCUUAUGAGGAUAUGAGAGGCAUCCUGUAUGCUGCCCCCCAGCUUCGCUCCCUUCGGGUCCAGCCUGCUCCCAAUCAUGAGGAAGACGCAGGUUCUUAUGAGAACAUGGACAAUCCUAAUGAGCCAGAACCAGCGUGGGGAGGAGGGGGCCACAUGGGGACCUGGAGCUCCCGGUGAUUCCGUUCCCUUCAGUUUCUUCUUCGUAGCCUGGGCCUCCUCAGGCUCCUGAGAUCCACAACUGACUCUGAAAUCUGGGGAUUCCAAGCAGACCGUGUCAACACCUGGAGUGACAUCACUUGGGAUAUGUGUAUCUGUGUGUGUUUGUGUCUACAAGUGAAACGUCCAGUCCCCUUUGUGCUGCCCGAAUAAACUCCAUGAGCUCUUCCAGUCCUGUGAUGUAGUG